UCUAGAAAGAAAACACGAGCCGGAGGAAAGAGAGGUGGGAAGACUAGAAGAAGCCGAGGAGCGAGAGGAGAGAGAACGAGGAAGAAAGGGAGAGAUGGGGAUCCGGUUCGUGCUGCUGGUGAACAAGCAGGGGCAGACGCGGCUGGCGCAGUACUACGAGCACCUCUCUCUCGACGAGCGUCGCGCCCUCGAGGGCGAGAUCGUCCGCAAGUGCCUCGCCCGCACCGACCAGCAGUGUUCUUUUGUGGAGCACCGGAAUUACAAGGUCGUCUACAGGCGCUACGCCUCCCUCUUCUUCCUUGUCGGCGUCGACAAUGAUGAGAAUGAGUUAGCUAUCCUCGAAUUCAUACAUCUUCUUGUGGAGACUAUGGACCGCCACUUUGGCAAUGUGUGUGAGCUUGACAUCAUGUUCCAUCUGGAGAAAGUGCAUUUCAUGCUUGAAGAGAUGGUGAUGAAUGGCUGUAUCGUGGAGACAAGUAAACAGAACAUAUUGGCACCCAUCCAGCUUAUGGAGAAAACUUCGUAAAUAGUGAACUCAAAGUGUCUUGUUUUUCUACUCUGAUGCUUAUCUUCUUCCCCCCUCUUGCCAUAGAUAUUACCUCUGUAUGUGAAAGUGCCAAACAACUGUUGUAUGCAUGGGUUAUCCUGUUCGCCCCAAUGGAAACUAUGAAAUGUUAUAUGAUGCUGAAAAUGAAGACUGCCAUCAUUCUUGUUGUUA